AGUCCUCGCCUCUUUUGUCGCUGAAAAUAGGCCCUAAUACUCUCUAACAGUUUGGGUUAGUUGGCUGCAGUGCGCGCCGUGUCAGGUUGCUGAUUCCCCUGAUUUUACAUGCAGCACCUGUGUUUAACAUUUCUAACGUCGUGCUGCAGACUCUGGAUCAGCGCAGCGUGUUUUCUUUUACCCUGUAGUCAAUUUAUUUAACAUGCCUAAACCAGUUAAGAUUAUCCGGCAGUCUUGGAUAGAAACGUAAGACCUUUGCGUGGUCUAAACAAUGUUAAGAAACAGAAUUCUGUGAUUUUGGUGUGGACCACCGUGAACUUUGACUGAAGCAGGGAUGGAGAAGUUCCUUCAUGUAGCUCCUCACUCUCUGGCUCUGGUGUUGUCGCAGCUUUGCAGAAAAGAUGAAGAGGACUCCCCAUCAUCAUCACCGGCCGUGCUCUCUGAAAAGUUACAGCAUCACACCGGCUACGAGGUAUUCGCUAAUUUCAAAGCCGUAAACAUGCAGCAUUUCUGGAACAAGGCGCUGACGCACGCGCUGUCUGAGAUCUUCUUCCUCGGCUGGAUAGAUGAGCAUGUGCUGCUGAUUCAGGGCAAAGAAGUUCACCUCCAAGUCCUCAGGAACGGAUGGACCAGACGGACCCUAAAACCACCACAGGGCUUUGACAUCAAGUGCAUAGUGAACUGGAGCAGAUUGGUUGUGACACCGCCCCCCCCCUCCACCCGUGCCCCGUCCUGCCCUCUCACUUUGCUCCUUAUUCUGUCCCUCCAACCAUCCAUUCACACUCCACACAUGUGAGUCAGCAGGAGUCUGCAGCUAGCAGGACCUGCCACUCCGGACAUGAUUAAGGUGAUGCUUUGGGUUUUUCUUUUUCAUUGACAGCUCCAUACAGUGUAGUUACUGAAUCAACUGGUAGAAAGCACUGAUGAGGAAGACACAAAUCAGCACCUUUUUAAAAUGAUUCCCUUCGGUUGUGGCCCUGUCAAGUGUUUAGCUUUGGUCCUACAAUCAGGUGAGACACAAAAAGAGGAAGGAUGGUGGUUUAAGGGGCCCCUCAUCCUUCAAGAGCAGAGCUAGUAAGACAGAGAGGGUGAGGGAACAGAAGAGGACAGAGGGUGAGGAUGGAAAUUUAGCCAAAGAUUCAGAGCCUGAGCUUUUCCCUGGACAUCAUCUGAGGGCUGAAUAUUUUGUGUGUGUGUCUCGAGCUGUUGAUAUUUGCUCUCCUCUCUGCCUUAUGUAUGUCCUCAAUCUCUCUCCCUCUCU